AUGAUCUAUUACUUGUUGAUGUUCAACUGGACAACAAGUGAGAAUAAUUUACCUAUAAAUAUACAAGCAAAUAUGGCAUUACAACCACUACUACUACUAAAUUUUUCAGAUGAAUAUAAUAAGGAUAUUGAUAUUUUUAUUAGUCAAUUAUUAUCAUAUUUAGUUGGCACUACACAAAUAAAUACUAGUAAUAGCUUUAGAAAUCCUUCAAUUGCUUAUAACUAUGCAAAUACUGCUGGUAAUAAUGCAGUAACCAUAGAUGUUUUUAUAAUUCUAGCUGAAGCUUUUACUAAAGAUUGGCACUUAGCUGAAAAACAUUUAUUGGAUAGACCUGCCAAUACUGUUAAUGCAAAUAAUGCUAAUCCUAUAGUAUUUGGUAACAUUUGGAUUGCUCAAGCAUUAUAUUGGCUCAGAAAUGAAUAUCCUAUAAUUACUAAGAAGGCUUUAGAAUUUGUUCUUAUCUUCAAGCCUGAUUUGCCUCCAAAACUAGUAAUAAAGAAUGUUAAAGUUGACUCUGAUGAUGAAUUGGCCAAUCUUAUAAAGAAGCAGUUGAAGUUGCAUAUAGCUAAGGCUGUUAAAAAAGCUACAAAAGCACAAUACUGUUGCUCAAACUAUAAUAGAACUGGGCAUAAUUCUUAUAAGUAUUCUCAGAAAAAAAAAAGUAAAUCCAAAAAUAAAAAAGAAAUAAAUCCAAACAAUUUAAAAUCAAAAAAGAGAAAGCAAAGCUUUGAGCUAGAAACUCAUUCAAGCCUUGCAAAGAGAAUCAAAAGAAGACUUCCAAUUCUGUAUACUAGUUCUGCUAAAAAUUAUAGAGAACCAGCUUCAGAAAUAUCUGAUUCAGAUGAUGAGUUCAUUGAUGACCCUAUGGAAAUAGAUUUUGUUCAGAGAAAAGAUCUGGCUACAGAUAUUGUAACUACAAAAUGCAAGAUCAACCAAAUGAUUAAAGUUGUAAACUUUACUUCUGAUUGUAUCAUAUACUCUGAUUUUGCAGUAGUUAAAUAUUCCAAGCUGAUGUUGAUUUUACCUAAUACAUUACUUGACAAAUAUAACUAUGAUUUACUUGCAUCAAGAUGGAAAUUGAAACUUGUAUGCAAUGGUAAGGAGUUCUUUAUCCUGAUAAAUAUGCAUAAAGUCAAGAAUAACCUCAAAGUGAACUGUGCAACUGUAUCUCAAAAUAAUAUAUCUCUUGUAUCUGAUCAAAUUUCACAGAAGAAAUGGCAUACUCCUGUGGAUUUUAAUAUAGAUUCUGAUGAUUUGACUUUUAAAAAUAAAUGCAUAAGCUAUAAGGAGUUAGAAAAAUCACUAUAUACUACUCUCAAGUCUAAGGCUGAAAUAAAUGAUCUUUGUGAAAAGUUGCAAUGUAUUUCCUAUACUAAAUCCAAGACUAAGAAUGUUAUAAAAUUUAAGAAAAUUAGAUUGCUAGAAUCUAUAAUCAAGAUAUUGGAAGCUGAAUUAGAAAAUAUAAAGAGCUCUUUAAGCCAGGAUCCAAAGGGUUCUCUAAUGAUCUGUUUUGCAAUAAUUAGUGAAGAUGAUGAAAAAAAUAUAUCAAAGUUUGAUAAUAUCUUUGUGAUUAGUAAACUUAUCAAAAACCUUAGUCAAUACUUUAUAUAUAGAAAAAGUAUAGAUCAAGCUGGAAAAAUUAGUACUAUAUCUCUUAACAUUAGCUCUGCUAUUCCAUGA